GCCGAGCUGAGGAGAGGAGAGGGUCCCGCACGGUCCCGCACGGUCCCGCAUCAUGAGGUUCUUGUCGCUCUCGCUGGUUUUCGGCUUCGCGGUCGACGCUCAGCUUCUCUCCGGGUCAGAGAUGUACGGCAGCCUGCAGUCGCCGAACUUCCCGGAGCCGUAUCCCCGGGAGACGGAGCUGCGCUGGAACGUCAGCGUUCCCGACGGAUUCCAGAUCAAACUGUACUUCAGCUACUUCGACCUGGAGCCGUCGUACCUGUGUGAGUACGACUACGUCAAGGUGGAGGCGGAGGGAGAGAUGCUGGCGUUGUUCUGUGGACGGGAGGACACGGACACGGAGGCGGUGCCGGCUCAGCAGGUCAUCACCUCCCCCAGAAACUCCCUGAGCGUCCUCUUCUCCUCAGACUUCUCCAACGAGGAGCGCUACUCUGGAUUCAUGGCUCACUACAGCGCUGUGGACGUAGACGAGUGCAGAGACCAAAGUGACGAGGAUCUGAUCUGUGACCAUUUCUGUCACAACUACAUUGGAGGAUACUACUGCUCCUGUCGCUAUGGUUACCUGCUGCACUCGGACAACCGCACCUGCAGAGUGGAGUGCAGUGACGGUGUGUUCAGGCAGCGCUCCGGUGUCCUCAGCAGCGUGGACUUCCCGGCUCCGUACCCAAAGAUCUCCUUAUACGUUUCUGUAAUAGCAGCGAUUAUCAGACGUCUGCAUCGUUAA